AUGGCGCAACACUCGAGUGGAACAAAACAUAAACGCUUUGUCGGCUUUGAUGGACUAAGUGAUGAAGAUAUAAGUAAGCUGAUGGUGAGAGAGUGCGAAGAACACGAGACGGAUAGAAUGGAGAAGAAUGCGUGGUACUGUGCUAAUGAAAUUCGCAAUAGGGUUGAUGGGACACCAGUGUUUAACUAG